AUGAACUGGAAUAAAUUCUUCACCGGAGUGAAAAGCCACGGGGUCAGUCGAAAUGUGGGCGAGGUGGAAACGGAAGACGAAGAUAUCACCGACAGCAAUGCUACCGUUUCUACCGAAAAGAUAUCGCAUUUCCUUGGAAUGCGUUUCCACAAAUUUCCUUUCGAUCACUUCUCACAGAAAUGCAUUAGAGUUGUCUUCCUCGCGGUUAAUGCAAUGACAUUCCUUGCAGGUAUUGUCGGAGUCGUUACGUCUGUGUGGACUCUCACCGACGACAGAGUGAUGUCUAGAUUGAUCGGGCACCGGCUAUUCUUGAUCACUUUAUUGCUGACCGGUUUGAUCGGUUCUCUUGCGUCUCUGCUGGGGAUAAUUGGACUGAUUCGAAAAAGGAAGAAGUAUCUGCAGACUUACGGAUUCUAUUGCCUGUCGUUUCUCUGCGUGAUCUUUGUAACCGCUCUGUCGAGCUUCUGGAUUUUCGAAGAAAUUAUAAAAAGCAUUCAGAGCAACAUGCUCACGGCCAUUAAGAGUUAUCACUCUUCGUCGACGAGUAAGAAAGCUUGGGACAAUACUCAUAGAUACUUGAAGUGCUGUGGAAUUAUGUCUUCGAACGACUGGAGCAAUUACUACAUUAAUAUACCGAAGAGCUGUUGCGCCACAGCUAUUGAGGAAUGUAUUCGAAUGACGGAAGCUGUAGCCUUCAAACCGGGGUGCCUAAGGAACGCUGUACUUUUAUUAACGACACAUGUUCAUGCUAUAAGCAUAGCAGCCCUCGUGAUUUUUCUAAUUUUAUUAUUGAGUUUCCUGCUCACUCUUUGCAUUCUGGGCAUAUCAAAGGAACGUCGUGCUAGCCGAGGAUGA